CCACGCACGCCCCCCGAGGCGAGGACGAGUUGCCUUUCCCCUGCGGCCGCGCGGUUGGGCCUCGCCCUCGCCCUCGCCUCCACCCACCCGCCGCCGUGAUUCCGCCGGAGUCGGCAUGGACGCCAACGAUGUCCCCUCACGGCCGGGAUCCAGGAGAUCGGGGGCGGCGUGCUCAUCGCCGCCACCCCGCGCGUCGGGGCCACCCCUUUCCUCCUCCACCACCACCACCGCCGUGGUUCCACCGGAAUCGGGGCUCCCGGUGGACGCUGACGCAACACCCUCCUCGCCGGGCUUCACGAGACUGGAGGCGGCGUGCUCUUCGCCGCCAACCCACGCGUCGUCGGCACCCCUCUCCUCCACCCCUGCCGCCGUGGUUCCACCACAAUCGGGGCGCCCCAUGGACGCCAACGACGUCUCCUCCUCGCCGGGCUCCAGGAGAUUGGAGGCAGCGUGCUCCUCCCGGCCAACCCACGCGUCGGGGGCACCCCUCUCCUCCUCGUCCUCUUCCGCGCCCGCGCCCGCGCCCGCGCCCACGCCCUACAGUAUGCCUCCCUGGACUUCUACGACGCUACCAGAGCUGUCGACGUCGGCCUCGCGUGAAGGGGGCGAACAGAGGAAGCUGACUAUAGAAGUUCACUUGCAUACCAAGGAUGGCUUGGAGAUACUGGAUGCUUCGUUCGAUUCUUCUCAAACGGUCCAGGAUCUAAAAGUAUAUUUCGAGAAAGUCAAAGGAAAGGCUGUGUGUUCUGCAGAAAAUAUGGUGAUUUACCAUGACGGCACUAAGCUUUCAAGUAUAACCACGUUGGGAAGCCUUGACUUGCGGACUUGGAACUCGAUUCUAAUUACUUUACAAGAGGAUAUAAAUGAACCAACCUCCAAUUUAGCCCCUGCCCAGGAAACAACGUUGGAUGAGGGUGAUUACCCGACUUGGGAAAUAACAAAUGAGGAUUUAUUGAGAUUUGAAUAUGAUGUGUCUGCGUCAGAUCAAGAAGCUAUGGAGGUACCUCAAGCUCCGGACAAUGUUGGGGUAGAAUUUCGCAUCCACCGUUGGGUUAGAGCUCUCCUUGCUCAGUUUGAGCCUGAGCUCCAUUGGGACAUGCAGUGGGCUACAGCCGCCCAUGUCAAAUUUGUCGAGAAGCUUGCCGGCGUAUAUCGCUUGGCUGAGUGACGUUGAAUUGUCAACAAGAAUGUCAUGAGGGUUACCUCAAGGCGGGGAGAGAAAGGGAGGUGUAAGGGCGUAAGGCAUGGCGCAUCCGGGACGGGUGCCACAAGUUACCCAGGUUCAGCUCUCACAACGGCGGUGAGAUUCUACUCCUGCUACAAGACACUAUAUGGGCAACAAAUGCGCGAAUACAGUGGCGAUUGUCCUGUCCUAAGGGGAGAGUCCAAGCCAGAUUCUACACAUAAACCUAAACUACCACCACAACUAUUAUCUUGUACAACACGAAUCCGCCUAGCCUAAGUCGGUACGAUUGCGUAGUCCAACUGGACAUCCUCCUUAGACUUUUAACAGCAUUUCGACAAUA